AUGCAAAUGAAAUUAAAACUUAAACUCUGCCUGCAGGUCAUUUUAUGGAUUUGGUUUGAACAAGUUCUGCAAGAUGUGGCUGCAGGGACUGGAUCCUCAGUAUCUGAUGCAAACCUGAUGUUUGAGUUCUUGCUGGGUGGAGUAGAAAUAGACCAGGACAACAACAUCGUCCUGCUCGAUAAGGAGAUGGCAUCAAUGGGAGCAGGGCGGGCUUUCCUGGCUCAGAUCAAUGACAAGAUUCCCAGGAGUCUGAGCCCCAAGGUGCACAUAAUGAACACACUCGGGGGUCAGAGGGGGAGGCCACUGACUGAGGCUCAGUUUGAGAGUCUUGUCCUGAGCAUGGUGUACUCUGCCCACCAGGCCUGGCACCAGGAGAGUGAAGAGGAACAGGAGGCCUGGGGUGGAGUGCUGCUCCAGCUGGCAAACGUCACCGUCCAUGACCUACGUGGAAAUUAUCUCUUCACUUAUACAUAA